UUUGAAGACGUCUAACUUGAUUUACACUACAAUUUGAGGUUGAUUUAUGGGUUUGAUAUUAGUGGGGAUGGAAUUCCCCAAUAGCGAGAAUCGCUGUACAAUAAUUUAGAUUAGAUUUCUCAAAGAAUUUUAUCAACCACAUCCUCUCAUUUCCAUUUACUUAAUUAUUGACUAAACUGGUGGAUCUUAUUUCAGUCAUUGUUAUACUUUCUAUUUCAAAAGAAUCCCGGUGUUUUUAUUCCUUCAUUUUAUGGAACAAAGUUCAAGCUAUGAGUGUACCUGAUCCAGACAUGUCUUCUAGAGUGAUGGUAUUUUUAAAAAGAACACUUGCUGAGAUCACUAGCAAACAAGUUCAUACCCCUAAUUUUGAAAAAUACGUUGAAGCAAUUAAAGCUCUAAACUCGCUGCAAAGUAAUGCAAAUGUUAUUCAAGAAGCACGAAAUCGAAUGUUGAAUGGAACUAGCAAACAAUUCAACAAUGUUGAUACAACCCUCAAAUAUAUUAAAAGGAUUGGUCUGCCAUUGGAGGAGUUAGAAUCACGAAUAAUUCACAUCAGUGGAACAAAAGGCAAAGGUUCAACUGCUAUCAUGACCGAAGCCCUCCUUCGCAAUGCUCCUUACAAAACUGGGCUAUUCCUAUCUCCUCAUAUCACUUCUGUGCGGGAGAGAAUCAUGAUUAAUGGAAUUCCACUAUCACAGAAGCUCUUUAUUGACUAUUUUUGGUCUGUCUUUGAUGUUCUAUCACAAAAUAAAGAUAAUGAAACAGACAUGCCUUCAUAUUUCAAAUUUCUUACAAUUAUGGCACUCAAAGUAUUUAUUUCAGAAAAAGUUGAUGUUGCAGUUAUUGAAGUUGGUAUUGGAGGAGAGUUAGAUUGCACAAAUGUUUUCCAGAAAACACCCGUUGUAGGUAUUACUUCCAUUGGUUUGGACCACACCAGACUGCUGGGGGAUACGGUUGAAAAAAUUGCUUGGCAGAAGGCUGGUAUCAUGAAACCUGGAUGUUUGGCUUUUACAGUACCUGACCAGAGUUCUUCAGUUCUCCAAGUAUUUCAGAAGAGAGCAAAAGAGAAGGAAUGUAGGUUUGAAGUGGUACCUAAUCUUUCUGAAUACUCCAUUGACCAUGAAAGAUUCAAUUACCCUCAAAGACUGAAUGCUUCAUUAGCUAUACAGCUUUCAAAGGCAUGGACCAUUUGGAACAACAAUGGCAGUCAUUCGGACUACAAUAGGAUAGAGAUUAGCCAAGAUCAGGAGAAGGUUUUACUAAGUUGUCAAAUUCCUGGGAGAUGUCAUGUACUAAGAGAGAAUGGCAAUAAACUUUGUUAUUACCUUGAUGGAGCACACACAGUUGAAUCAAUGGAAGUAGCUAAGAACUGGUUCCAGGAAACUUCAUCUAAAAAUGCUUUAAGAAUUCUUAUAUUCAAUGUGACUGGGGGACGCUCUCCAAUCAGUCUUUUGAAAAUGUUAGUAGACUGUCAAUUUUCUGAAGCUAUAUUCUGUACUAAUUGUAUAUCUGAAAAAGAGGAUGAUCUACCUGAAGACCUUGUUAGUAAGGGAACGUGUCUGGAAGAAGCCAUCAACAAAGCUAAAGAGAAUCUUAAUGCUUGGAAAUCACUUGGAGGUAGCAGCGGUCACGUCGUGACAUCUGUUGCGAAUGCAAUAUUGCUUGCCCAACAAUUAAGUAAUUGCCGCAGUACUAGCGUUCUUUUUACUGGGUCACUACAUCUUGUUGGUUCAGCUCUCUUCCUACUCAGACCAAAUAAUGACAGCACAAUAGAAUAAUAUACAAAUGAUUGACUGAGGAAAACUUGAAAAAAAGAAGUUAAACCAAUUGUAAAUAUAAUGAAUAAAAUUCUGUAUAUAUAGGUAAAUAUAUAAAUGUUAUGU